AAUAUAAAAUAAGGAAAAAUAAUGUAAAUAAAGUAACUGUAUCUCCAGAAGGUUUUGGAAAAGGCCAAGUAUGGAAACUUCAGUCAAAUAAAAUGGCAAUUGAAAACCCAAAAUAAUCGGAGAAAAACCAAACUCUUCGCUCAUAUACGGUCGCUCCAAUCUCUUCUUCUUCAUCAUUUUUCUUUCACUUCAGAGCAAUGGCCUGGUUCAUGGCUGGGUCCAACGUGGCAAAGCUUGCUGUUAGGAGAAAUUUAUUGCAAAAUUGUUCGUACGUUACACGGACGAGAAUCGCUCCCUCACAGAAUCGCUAUUUCCAGACCACAGUUUUUAGAUCGAAGGCACAAUCUGCACCUGUACCUCGUGCCGUUCCACUUUCCAGAUUGACUGAUAACUUCUUGGAUGGAACCAGCAGUGUUUACAUCGAAGAGCUCCAGAGAGCGUGGGAGCAGGAUCCUAACAGUGUGGAUGAAUCAUGGGAUAAUUUCUUCAGAAACUUCGUUGGUCAGGCUGCCACCUCACCCGGAAUUUCGGGGCAAACAAUUCAGGAAAGUAUGCGUCUGUUGUUGCUCGUGAGAGCUUACCAGGUGUACGGUCACUUGAAGGCCAAGUUGGAUCCGUUAAAUUUGGAAGAGAGGACUAUACCCGAUGAUCUUGAUCCUGGCCUUUACGGGUUUUCAGAAGCUGAUCUUGAUAGAGAAUUCUUCGUUGGUGUAUGGAGAAUUCACGGGUUCUUGUCCGAGAAUCGUCCGGUGCAAACAUUGAGGGCGAUAUUGAAAAGACUCGAACAGGCUUAUUGUGGGAAUAUUGGGUACGAGUACAUGCAUAUCGCUGACCGUGAGAAGUGUAACUGGUUGAGGGACAAAAUCGAGACUCCGACGCCAACUCAGUACAGUCCACAGCGGCGUGAGGUGAUUCUUGAUCGGCUUAUUUGGAGUACUCAGUUCGAGAAUUUUUUGGCGGCGAAAUGGACUGCAGCAAAGAGGUUUGGGCUUGAAGGUUGUGAGACGUUAAUUCCUGGUAUGAAGGAGAUGUUUGACAGGUCAGCAGAUCUUGGGGUAAAGAAUAUAGUGAUCGGAAUGUCUCAUAGAGGAAGACUGAAUGUUCUUGGUAACGUUGUCCGGAAACCUCUCAGGCAGAUUUUUAGUGAAUUUAGUGGCGGCACAAAACCUGUGGAUGAGGUUGGGCUUUACACUGGAACUGGUGAUGUUAAAUAUCAUUUGGGAACUUCUUAUGACCGGCCGACAAGAGGGGGUAAGAGAAUUCAUUUGUCGUUGGUUGCAAAUCCUAGCCACUUGGAAGCUGUGGACCCCGUUGUGAUUGGGAAAACUCGAGCCAAACAGUACUACUCUAAUGAUGUCGAUAGAACAAAGAAUAUGGGUAUUUUGAUUCAUGGUGAUGGCAGUUUCGCUGGGCAAGGCGUUGUGUAUGAGACGUUGCAUCUUAGUGCUCUUCCAAACUACACUACUGGUGGCACUAUUCACAUUGUGGUGAACAAUCAAGUCGCGUUUACUACUGACCCAAGAUCGGGUAGAUCUUCUCAGUACUGUACAGAUGUUGCGAAAGCGCUGAGUGCUCCGAUUUUCCAUGUUAAUGGUGAUGAUGUGGAAGCGGUUGUUCAUGUCUGUGAGCUUGCAGCUGAGUGGCGUCAGACAUUCCAUACGGAUGUUGUGGUUGAUAUCGUGUGCUAUCGUCGAUUCGGACACAAUGAAAUUGAUGAGCCGUCGUUCACUCAACCUAAGAUGUAUAAGGUUAUCAGGAACCAUCCUUCGGCGCUUCAGAUUUACCAAAACAAACUUCUGGAAUCCGGUCAGGUUACAAAAGAGGGCAUUGAUCAGAUAAACAGCAAAGUCCUUUCAAUUCUCAAUGAAGAAUUUCUGGCCAGCAAAGAUUACGUGCCUCAAAGAAGGGACUGGCUUUCAGCUUACUGGUCUGGUUUCAAAUCUCCUGAACAGCUUUCACGUAUUCGUAACACUGGAGUCAAGCCGGAGAUCUUAAAAAAUGUUGGCAAGGCUAUCACAGUUCUGCCAGAAAAUUUUAAACCACAUAGAGCAGUGAAGAGGAUUUUUGAGGAUCGUGCAAAGAUGAUUGAGACAGGUGAGGGCAUUGACUGGGCGGUGGGAGAAGCACUCGCUUUUGCAACCUUGCUGGUAGAAGGAAAUCAUGUACGGUUGAGUGGGCAGGAUGUCGAGAGAGGUACUUUCAGUCAUAGACAUUCUGUUAUUCAUGACCAGGAAACAGGGGAACAAUACUGCCCCUUGGAUCAUGUUAUGAUGAACCAAAACGAGGAGAUGUUCACAGUGAGUAAUAGCUCGCUUUCAGAGUUUGGAGUUUUGGGCUUUGAAUUAGGUUACUCGAUGGAAAACCCCAAUUCUCUUGUACUCUGGGAAGCCCAAUUUGGCGAUUUCGCCAAUGGAGCUCAGGUGAUAUUUGACCAAUUUCUAAGCAGUGGGGAGGCAAAAUGGUUGCGUCAAACUGGUUUGGUGGUCCUUCUACCUCAUGGAUAUGACGGUCAAGGCCCUGAGCACUCAAGUGCUCGUAUGGAACGUUUUCUUCAGAUGAAUGAUGAUAACCCCUAUGUUAUUCCUGAGAUGGACCCCACCCUCAGGACACAGAUUCAAGAAUGCAAUUGGCAGGUGGUGAAUGUCACGACCCCUGCAAAUUAUUUCCACGUUUUGCGGCGCCAAAUACAUAGGGAAUUCCGUAAGCCUCUCAUAGUGAUGUCACCAAAGAAUCUGCUUCGUCACAAGGAAUGCAAAUCGAAUCUGUCGGAGUUUGACGAUGUUCAAGGCCACCAAGGUUUUGACAAACAAGGAACGAGAUUCAAACGCCUCAUUAAGGAUCAAAAUGCUCACUCAGAUCUUGAAGAGGGUAUUAGACGUUUGGUUCUUUGCUCAGGAAAGGUUUAUUACGAGCUUGACGAAGAGAGGAAAAAAGUCAACGGAAACGACGUUGCAAUCUGUAGGAUUGAGCAGCUCUCUCCCUUCCCUUACGAUCUCAUCCAGCGUGAACUGAAGAGAUAUCCAAAUGCAGAGAUAGUGUGGUGUCAAGAAGAACCGAUGAACAUGGGUGCAUACAACUACAUUUCAGUUCGACUGGGAACUGCAAUGAAGGCACUCGGUAGAGGAACAUUUGACGACAUCAAGUAUGCCGGUCGUGCUCCUUCUGCCGCCACAGCUACUGGCUUUUACCAAGUUCACGGCAAAGAGCAAACCGAACUUGUCCAGAAAGCUUUGCAGCCUGAUCCAAUCAGUUAAGAAACAAAAAAUCGAUAUUUUUAGGUUUUUUUUAUGAGAAUAAAAAGUACAUAGUUCACGAACACGAUGAUGGUGUGAAAUAAUUUCGAGUCUAACUCGAUGAUCCCGAAAUACGAGAAUAUUAUUGAUAUUUGCUUUGUAUGAGUUAGUUGUUUGAGUUUAUUAGGUUAAAAACCCGAUUUUAUGUCUGGUCAUACUCGUUUCGAUCCAAUUUUCAACACUUCGUUUAGAUUUUUCA